AUGGCUGGACUACCAGAUAACCCUGAUGACUGGUUUCGACUUGAGGAUCCUGAUGAGCCAUUUGGAGUUCCUUUGCAUCCACAUCCACUACACUUAGCGGGGGAUCCGUACUUUCCCCAUGACGGUCUUGAGGAGGAUCCCGAAGAGGAUCCUGAGGAGGAUCCCGAUGAGGAGGAGCUCGAGAAUGAGGGCAUAUUUCAGGAUGCCCAAGAGACUGAUGAUGAUGGUCCUGCAGAGGAUGAGGGAGACCUCUCCGAAGAGGAACCUACUCCCCUUACCCCACCAGACUCACCACCGAGACCCUACUACCAGCCGUACCUUCUGCGCGGCAAGGGCCCUUGUAUGAUGAGGACCCCAGGAACUACUAUAUCUCCUAUUUACCACUUGGACCCAGCUGCUCAGGUUUCCCGACCCACUAGUGGUCUAUUAGGGAAACGUAAUCGACCCAGUGAGCCAUCUUGGCUCACAGACCUCCUUAGCAGGAGGGAUGCUACUGAUCUACCACCACGGUUUGAGGUUGGUGAAUCUUCACGAGCACCACUCAGGUUUAAUCCUGAGGAUGAUCCGAUACCUCGCUUGAUGACUCAGAUUGAUCAGACCGGGGAUAGGAUUAGAUCCUUGGAGCAGUUUGUGAGAGGUCCAGACUCUACUUCCCUCGACCAUCGAGUUGAGACACUCGAGGAAGAGGAGAAGGAGAAUUCUGAUGCGAUCCAGAUAUUAUAUCAUCUCUCGGGUGCUGAUCAUGAUGCAGUGAAUGCCUUGAGUGCUCAGGUAAGAGCACAGAACUACCGGAUUCAGAUCAUGGAGAGCGAGCUUGCUGCGCAGCGAAAUCAGUUGGUUAUCUCUGCGCAGGAACAACGCUACAUCUUGGACCAGUUCGAGGACUUUGUCCUCUAUGUGAUGACUCGAUUUGGGAGGUAG